UCUGUUCUCAAGCAGAAGCCGGCAUACGAGAUCAUCUUCUCGAUCCAGUUCCUCUCCGGAUUCGUGCAGUACUCGGUGACCAGCGGAGCCUGCAGUCUGGCGGCCCUCCUGGUGCUGCACGCCUGCGGCCAACUGAAGAUUCUCAUCACCAGAAUGGAGGAUCUCACGCACUCCAAGUAUUUCUCCGAUCAGAACGCCAACAGGAAAUUGGCGGCUGUCGUGAGGCAGCAUAUCAGAAUUAAGAGCUUUUUAAGCAAGGUAGAAGAAAUUUUACAGUAUAUAUGUUUGGUGGAAGUAGUCGGGUGCACGUUCAUCCUGUGCCUUCUUGGAUAUUACAUAAUAAUGGAGUGGGAAAACAACGACGCGGUGUCUAUGUUAACGUACACUAUACUUCUUUUAACAUUCAUCUUUAACAUCUUCAUACUGUGCUUCAUCGGUGAGCUUCUCACGGAUCAGAGCACGAAGAUGUACAUUACCUUCUGUACUCUCGACUGGUAUCGAAUUCCGCACAGGACUGCUCGCGGUCUCGUUUUGAUAAUCGCGAUGUCCAGCAUUCCCGUUAAGAUCACCGCGGGAAAAUUCAUGGACCUGUCUCUCAAUAGUUUCGGUGCC